AUGGCUGCGCUGCCCCCUCCUCUGCCCCCACCCCGCCGCCGGCCCCUCCGCCUCCCCGGCCGACCCUCCUCCCCGGCGCUCACUCCGCGCCGCCAGCGCCCAGCGUGCGGCUCCGGAGCGGCCCGGGCCGGCCCCGCGCUCCGCCGGCUCCGCGCUGGGAGCCAGCAGGUCUCCGGGCAGCGCGGAGGGUGGGGUGGGAUGCCGGAAUGCCCGGACCGCGGGGCCAAGGCGGCCCCCAUCCAUCAUAAAAUCUCCUUCUCCAUCUUAGACAUCCUGGAUCCCCAGAAAUUCAGCAGAAGACGCGAAGCGGCUUCGGGGAGCUGGGGCAGCGCCCCCCGCUCGGGCGAGCGGGAGAAAAGUUUGGGAAGAGUUGAAGUAGGAAAGGAUGCCGCUGCUCCCGGCAGCGGGAGGAAUAAACUAGAGGCACAUGGUAGGAACGCGCUCGCGUUUCUCCGGGGCGCGCAGGUGGAGGCGCCGGCACACGGGGACCCUCGGCCCGGCGGGACGCGCUCCCCACGCGGGGUCCCGCAGGAGCGAGGGAAGGGGGGCUGGAACUGCAUUUUAAGUCUCGAUGAUGCAAAGGGAGAAGUUCUGGAUAUCCGCGCGCCCUGCCCGGCUCCCGGCGUGCGGAGCAUCCUCUGCGGCCGGAGCAGGAGGGCGCACAUCAGGGCGCGCCGCCGCCACGCCCCGGCGCCGGACGGGCCGCGGCUCUUACCGAGGCACCGCACGGAUGCGCACGCCCCGGCGGAGAGCGGCGCCGAGGACGCGGGGCAGGAGCGCGACGAGGAGGAGCCGAGCGGGGACGGGAGCGGCACCGCGAGCCCGCCCGGGCCGGAGGAGCCGGGAUCGCCGCGGAGCGCCCGGCGGCGGCGGGCAGAGCCAGGCUGCGGGAAACCGCGGCGGGCGCGCACCGCCUUCACCUACGAGCAGCUGGUGGCCCUGGAGAACAAGUUCCGAGCCACGCGGUACCUGUCGGUGUGCGAGCGCCUCAGCCUGGCGCUGUCCCUCAGCCUCACCGAGACGCAGGUGAAGAUCUGGUUCCAGAACCGCCGCACCAAGUGGAAGAAACAGCACCCGGGCGCCGACGGGGCGGCCCCCGCAGCAUCCCCCGCGGCGGCGGCGAGCGGUGGCAGCCCCAGCCCGCCGGGCCCCGCCGCUCUGCCCUUCCAGACUUUCCCUUCCUACGCCGCCGCCAACGUGCUGGUGCCGCCGGCCGCCCCCUUCCCGCUGGGCGCCGGCCCCUUCGCCCCCUUCCUGGGCCCCGCGUACCUCGGCCCCUUCUACGCCCCGCACCUCUGA